AUGGAUGAAGUCAACAUGGACUGUUCAGACCGGAGUGGAGACCAGAGGGACCCGCAUCAGGUGGACCAGGACCUGGUGGAGCUGCGAGACCACAUCCUGCAGCUGCUGAACAGCAAACUGAACUGUCAGUGCAUCAGGACGAAACUGGUGCUCAUGCAGAACUGCUCGUAUUAUCUGGAGAUCCAGCAUGAGAAUGUGCCUCAGAUGGAGGAGGAAGUCCGCCUUCUUUCCGACGGCGCCCUGUGCUCUCUGAUCAACCAGCAGCGACUCACUCGGGCCUUGAUCUUUGCCAACACCCAUGUGAAGCUCCUCCUCAGUCUACUGGAGUCACUCUUUCAGCACAUCCUGAGGGGCUGCAGGGAGCUCUGUGCUUUCAUGGAGAUGUAUGAUCAGAAUUUGUUAGACAGAGGCGCAGCGGACUCGGCUCAGCAGACGCUCCAGCAGACCCUGCAGUACGCAGACCGCUUUGAGGACAGAAUGGUUCGUAAUCUGGGCCAGCUCAAGCUGCAGGACCGGCUCAUCCCAAACACAGGAAGUCUGCUCAUCCCCAAGCUCACCAUCAAACUGCCCGUCACUAUCGACAGGUCUGACUUGUAUGCAUCGGUCAGCUCUGUGCACCUGAGCUGGACCAUCCCAGGAGAGGAGGUCAAGGAUCCCGAGCAGCAGUUUGAGGUGGAGGUGAAGUGCCUCCAUCCGACCACCUCUGACACCGACCAGAUUUCUAUAUCCAAAUGCCAGGCGUACAACACCCAGGUGACCAACCUGAUCCCAGACAGGUACUACAUGUUCUCUGUGAUGAGAGAGAACUCUGUAAACCUGGUGUACGGACUGUGGAAGGACCUGGUCAUCCUAAAGACUCUGGCCGUGUCCCAGUCCAAUCCUCAAGUCUGA